UGUUGAUAUCAAUAUGGCGGUUGUCAGCCAGACAAAGACAGUCAGUCUGAUGUGAUUGAGACAAGGGAGGUUUUCAGGGGGAGACUGGGAGAUAGGGGCCUCCCCUCCCCCUUCUCCUCUUCCUGCGCGGACCUCAACCCCUCCCCAGUCCCCUCCCGACAGGCGCCCCACGCGGAAGACACCCCUCCCCCUCCCGCCUUCCCCUCCUCCCUAUCUCAGCUCUUCGUACCGGGACGUUGGGGAGGGGGCUGUGCCGAGCGGAGAGAACUCAGCAACGAUUCCGAGAAUGGUAAAUAAAUCUCAUCAUCUCUAGAAAGGAUAUUGAUUCACCUCAUGUAAAGUAUGCUGAGUUCCUUCCCAGUGGUUUUGUUGGAAACCAUGUCUCACUAUACGGAUGAACCCAGAUUUACCAUAGAGCAGAUAGAUCUGCUUCAGCGCCUUCGGCGUACUGGAAUGACUAAACAUGAAAUUCUCCAUGCCUUGGAAACUCUGGACCGUCUUGACCAAGAGCAUAGUGACAAGUUUGGAAGAAGGUCCAGCUAUGGAGGGAGCUCAUACGGGAAUAGUACCAACAAUGUUCCAGCAUCUUCCUCUACAGCUACAGCUUCCACCCAAACCCAGCAUUCGGGAAUGUCCCCAUCGCCUAGCAACAGUUAUGAUACCUCCCCGCAGCCUUGCACGACCAAUCAAAAUGGGAGGGAGAAUAAUGAGCGGUUAUCCACAUCCAAUGGAAAGAUGUCCCCAACUCGCUACCAUGCAAACAGCAUGGCUCAGAGGUCGUACAGUUUUGAAGCCUCAGAAGAGGACCUAGAUGUAGAUGAUAAAGUGGAGGAAUUAAUGAGGAGGGACAGCAGUGUGAUAAAAGAGGAAAUCAAAGCCUUUCUUGCCAAUCGGAGGAUUUCCCAAGCAGUUGUUGCACAGGUAACAGGUAUCAGUCAGAGCCGGAUCUCUCACUGGCUGUUGCAGCAGGGAUCAGACCUGAGUGAACAGAAGAAAAGAGCAUUUUACCGAUGGUAUCAACUUGAGAAGACAAACCCUGGGGCUACACUAAGUAUGAGACCGGCCCCCAUUCCAAUAGAGGACCCAGAAUGGAGACAAACGCCUCCCCCAGUCUCUGCCACAUCUGGAACCUUCCGACUACGACGAGGGAGUCGAUUUACCUGGAGAAAGGAGUGCCUGGCUGUCAUGGAAAGUUACUUCAAUGAGAAUCAAUAUCCAGAUGAAGCCAAGAGAGAAGAAAUUGCAAAUGCUUGCAAUGCAGUUAUACAGAAGCCAGGCAAAAAACUGUCAGAUCUGGAACGAGUUACCUCCCUGAAAGUAUAUAAUUGGUUUGCUAACAGACGGAAGGAGAUCAAGAGGAGAGCCAAUAUCGAAGCAGCAAUCCUGGAGAGUCAUGGGAUAGAUGUACAGAGUCCGGGCGGCCAUUCCAACAGUGAUGACGUGGACGGAAAUGACUACUCAGAGCAGGAUACUUGGCAAGUACGCAAUGGGGAGGAGGAGGAGGGAAGAAGUUCAGAGGGAGGCAGAGAAGCAGAGAAGGUAGAAGAAGAGAGGAGGAUCUGAUCCAAACAAGAUGACAGCACUAGCCAUAGUGACCACCAAGACCCCAUCUCAUUAGCAGUGGAAAUGGCAGCAGUCAACCACACGAUCUUGGCCUUGGCCCGACAAGGAGCCAACGAAAUCAAGACAGAGGCCCUGGAUGACGACUGAUUAGGGAGGGGUAAACGUGAGACGUUAACUUAGUUUAGACGUAGCACCUUAGCAGACUUUCCUCGGUCUUUAACAUGUGUUCUUACAGUAUAACUUGCAGUUUCUUGUAUGUCAGUUAGCCGUUAGGGUCUUCUUGUUCUGUGAAGAUGGCAUGGUGCCCUCAGCCUUUGCAUAUACUCUCUCAGUAUUAACUCCUAGUAAAUAAUAACCAACCAACCAACCAAACUUCCCUCUCCCAGCCCCCGAGGCUAGAAAAUCUUGCUGCUCUGUCUUAGCAUUCCAAGGAAGUGCUUCCAGGUAUUUAGAUAGCCCUCAGUUCUCAAAUAUUAGGCUACGUGUAAAACCUUGGGUACUUUUAGAUUCCUGUAAACACUAGUCUGUCCCCCUUUUCCUUCCUUAAGACUGAUAGGAUGCAAGCUGAGGUAGUGUGGCCCAGGACUGACAGACACCAUUUGAGGAGUAUCCGCAGAGUAAAAGGAACACUAGAAUCCCCACCUCAGCGUGGGAACAAUUGAUUUCCAGCUGCAAUAAGCCGUGCCUAAUAAUAGUCACACUGUGGCUAGAUUAUACUUCUUUGGGUGCUGUGCUAAGAAUGUCAAUGGAAAAACUCAAUCUCAGAUUUUGGUUGAUAUUAACAUGCCUGACACAGACAUCCUUUCCUCUCACAAGCUGUGUGACUUAGUAGAUAAAAUACUGCCUUCCGCCUUUGGGACCAUGAUUAAAACAAACAAACAAAAAGACAAAAAUAAAACUCAUAAAAAAAAAAAGAAAAAAGAAAAAAAUCCAGCUUGACAGGCAUUGGAAAAAAAAAAUGAGCUGAAUGUCUACCGGAGGCUAAGUCCGGUUCUCAGAACCACUGUACAUUGUAUGUGGUUCAGGUACGUGCCUGUCUAGAAAAGUGCUGGAUGGAGGUCAUCAUGGAAGGAAGCAAGAUGCUUUGCCUCCUGUCUGUGUCCCCUUUCCCUGCUACCAAAAAAAGUCUUUCAAGGAUGGAGCUAAGGCCCAAACUGAGUGAACGGACUUCUAGUCUUUGUAUCCAUUAACUGGAGCGCCCUCGCUACGAGGGUCAUAGAGGACUUACCAGUGGGCCUGGGCUGACUAUCACGAAUGCAAAUACUUUCCUAAACAGGAGCAGAAAAGACGGGACAUUUGCCGCUCAAGUGGUGGGUCUGCGAAAUACGACGGGGUGUGACUGCUUUGGUGUUCUCUUUACUCUGUCCUUGUAGAGGCGUGAAAAGCUAUAUUUGCUACAGGCAAUUUAUUUAAUAAUUGGAAGCCAUAUUGAUAAUGGAUGUGGUAAUAUUUGUAAAGUUUAAUCUACUUUAAGCGGCAGUAACUAAUGGAAUUUUUUUCCUUGAUCACAUAUGUAGCACUUUUGUUACUUUUUAAAGAUAUUUAUAUUUGAUAAAUCUUUUUUUCAUUUUGAGAACUCAAAAUACCAAACAGUGAACUUGCGUUAUAAAGUCACCCUGUGAUCACCUUGUCAUCUAGUAGCAAAAUGAUGAACUAUUCAUGCAUCAAAGAAAAUUACAUCUGCUGGCCUUGUAUGAAAAUGAUCUCUUGGCACCCCGAUUAAAUGACACACUGUCACUGGGGGUAAGAGGUAACAAGCCUUCAGUGCAUCAGCAUAGGGUGUGUCUGCCAGAGGCACAACUGCUGUAUAUUUUCUGCCUCGGUCCAUCUCUCCUUUCUGUGUACAAUGAAGCCUUGUUUAAAGGGGAAUCUGGGGCUGGCUAUUUAAGCAGAGCUUCUGUCUUUUUGUCCAUUGCCUGCAAACGAUUUCCAAGAUAGAAGGAAGGUGCCGUUUCCUUACCUCCUCAUCCGUCAAAUGUAUUCGACUUAAAACCAUUGAGAGAGAGUGAGACUUACUUUGUCUUCGUUUUUCCCUUUCCCGUUAGUGAGAUAUUGCAUAUCCGCCAGUUUUGAGCUGGUCUAAUUCUCCUGAAGGCACACGCUGACGAGCCUGUCUCUGUAUCUGUUAAUCCUACUUACGUCAGUGUGAGGAAGCCUUUGUGGGCAUGAAGAUGCCACCUUGUAUAGGUCUGUGACUUCAAAGAGCUGUCGGCAGGGCCGGGGCCUGCUCUUGUCCAUGGAUUUCAGGGGGAAAAUGUAUAUACUUAUUCAGCUUCCAAGAAUUGGAGUAGAACUUUUCUGUUUUACUGUAUUACUUGAACCAACAAAUUCAAGAGUAGCAUUUGUUAUUCUCAGGAAUGAUCCCCCACUCAUUUUCUUUCUUGGUGUGUUUGACUUUUUAUUUCAAUUAGGAGAUUGUCUUAUCUUCUUUUCCUUUUAUAUUACUUAGAAGAAAUAGAACAUAUUGUAUCUUUCCAUUUUGGUGUAAUUUCGUUGGCUUAUUCUUGGCUGAAUCAGAAAGAAAAGGAGAGAAAAAUACACUGUCUGACAAGCCACAUCCAUGAUUUAUUGUAAGGAGAUUAUAAUUGAUAGCUUCUUUAUGAUGGGGUUGCUGGUAUCAUUUGUUCUUGCUGGUCUUUUUAAAGAAACAGACUCAAACUGUUAAGACAGUUGCAGUUUCUAAAGAACUACAGUGAUUGCCAGAGAAAAGCUAAAAGGCUUCAUUGUUUUAAGACCUUUAAGGAAGGGAAAAAUAAAAAACAAAACGAAAGAAUGAAAGAGAGCAAGUAUCCAUGAAGGCAGUACUAGAUCCUACCUGGCAAUCUAGAAAAAGUGAGGGAAUGUAUCUAUCAGUGCAGCUAGGAAAAGAAGGAAAGAAUCGUCUACCUAGAAUUCCUCUUUACUUAGAGAAGACUGCUGGUCUGCUCUUAAGACCCACUGCCUUACAUAUAACUUUUGCUUUUUUACCAAGAGUAAAAAUUUAGUUCUUUGGGGCCUAGAUUUAAACCUGCCAUUGGUUUUUGUUUGUUACCGGAGUCAACUCCACUCCCUUGUUCAGGCUACCUUUUGUUAUAUUGGCAUGUGGAGUUGCCACUAAUGUGUAAUAUCUUUGGAUGGUAAAGCUUUUUCAGCUUUGAGAGGUGGCAUUAAAAUAGAAACCCUCAACGGCUCUCUUACUGAAGGGAAAAUAACCAGGCUUUUCAAAACUCCCUUGCUGUCUUUUGAUUGUUGUGUCCCUCUGUUACUUCAUCAGGUACUUUCCUCCACGUCCCAGAGGACUGUUUCAGGGGCUGCUCCUCCCUGGGUGAGGAAGGCCAGCGGUGGAGGGUGCAGGAGCCUUGCCAGCAGUUCAUGUAACUUGUCUGUUGUUGCUGGGUUUUUUUCAAAAGACUUCAUUGAAUUACUGUGGUCACAUAGGUAAACUUCCUAAUCUUCUUAAAACAUAGCCUUACAAAGGGACCUUGUCAAGAUGGUCCGUCCUAAUGAGAUCUCUGCCCAUCUGUUGAUAACCUAACAUCGGAGGAAAGCCGGUGAGAGCCGUACAGUCCACUCUUAUCUGAGACCUUCUAGCGCCAGUCAGUGCCACAUAGACGUCUGGGUUUAUUUCAGCCAAGCUUGGGAUGUUGGGGUACCUCUGAAGGCAGUUUUCUUCACAGUCUUCACCGUUUAAGGGGUAGAUAAGUGUGGUUCCCUGUUAUCUACCUAUGGAAUCUGUACAGUUCCACACAUUGUUGCUGGUGGGACAGCCCCUGCCCCCACAUUUCCAUAUUUCUUCACAGGAAGAAGGAUCCUAAAACAGAAGACCCCUUUAGGGUAGCUUUUCCUCUAGCUCAGUAGAGGUGACCACCCAAAAAGACACGAAUGAGGGAAAAGCAGCUCUUAAGUCACCGAAGUGUGCAAACCCAGUAUUCCAGUUCCUCGACUUACAAUGGCAGACAGUCCAGUGAUCAGCGGUAGCUCUCCUGGGGCCAGAUAGCCAGAUGUUUUUUACCUUAAAGGGGUCUACUUAUGAAGAGCUUGCAAAUACAGUUGUUUCAUUUCUCCCUGUUUGGCUUUUAUCCUUAUAAACUUCCCUCUUGGGUUCCAACCGUCAGGCACCAAGUGUAGAUAGACACUCAUUUCAUCAGGAAUCCCCACCCACGUCCUCUCCGUCUGCAGACAACUCUUCCAUUUUCCUCUGGGCUCCAACACGAAGGCCUGAUUUUGAGCUGACUUCUUUGCUGGAAUGUUUUGUUUUCCACCACGGGCAAAGUAGGUAGGUAUGGUCCAUCUCUUCACACAAACCCUCCUUCCUGGCUUGCGGCCCAUCUUUUUGACCAGCUACCUAUUCCACUGACCAGCUACGAAACAGUGGAAAUAGUCCCUUUCUCAGAUACGAUCCCCCACCCCUGUCCUAAAAAUGUGAAUUUCAAGUCCUUACUCUCUCUUUGGUCUUAAAAAGGGUUGGGUUAGAAGCAGUCUUCCCGUUUAACUCAUGGCUCUGCCUUUUAAAACUGCUUUUUGUCUUUUUUUGUUUAGAGAACCACACGAGUAUUUUUUCCCCCAAUGAGUCUCAGCAGAUUCUUAGGCAAUAAUUUUUCUUGUUGUUGAUGAUCUCAUGCUCAGUAGCUCUCUCCAUCGAUUGACUAGUCCUGACCCUCUACAUUGUGAGUUGGUUUUCUUUGUUAAUCUGUCUGUGAUUUAAAUCCUACGUCAGAGUAGUGAUAGACUUCGCCAUUUUGUUGUGAUUAUUAGUAAUGUUUUACUACUGUAUUCAUUAGGGCUGCCUGGAGACCAGCCAAAUCCAUUUAUAGCUUUACUGAGCCGGAUUUGUUUGUCAUGAUUUCCCAAGUGAAAGUUGGGCACAUUGGCCAGCUCCCGCUGGUGGUAUCUUUGUGGGGCGUAGGGGUGGGGUGGGGGGAUGCCGUGGGAGUGGGGCAGGGGUGGGAAUUCCACAGAUAAAACAUUCCUUUUUGUGUGCUCUCUAAAUAGCAAGGAUGUUUACUCAGGAUUUGGGGAUCAGUUGUCAGCCAUGUUGAAUUUGGCAAACUGAGCUGCAUGCCCUGAAAACCCUCUUACUGUUUCUUAAUUUCCGUAUGUCUAAUUUACAUUACCUAGUAAGACCUAAGUUAUCCAGUUGAAAAGGUAUUGCACCAUAAUGAGAACGGAAGGUUUUCCCCGGGAGGCAACUAUGAAUGGCCAGAUUAUCCUGUGAGGAUUUCCCUAACGGCAGCGUGCUGUCAAAGCAGAGGCCCUUUCUUUUUCUGGACUACAGUCUCCUUCAUUAUAUGCCUUUUUUCCGCCCCCUUCCAAACGACUGCCACUUAGGAGAGAUUUCCUUACCUACCGCUCUCAGGAGAACUACCAUACUAAGGUGGUGGGAAAGGCUUUUUAAUACAUCCAGCUUACGAGUCUGUUUCCUGAUUACAGAAACUCCUCUCGCAAACAGGUUAUGUUUGGAAAAGCUGUUUCUUAAUUCUCUUUUCUUAUAAACCGAAAGUGAUAAGCCACUGCUCUCAUCAUCUCAGAGAGCCACGGGUUGACUCCCUGAUCUCUGAGACACAACCCUCUUCAUAUCUGCGUACAUUCAAAAGCUCAAAGUUUAUAAAUUGCAAUAUUUCCAUAUCAGCAUCAUUCUUCUUUCUUGGUAAAGAUGAGAAAUAGCAGCAAAAAGAAAGCUUAACGAUCUGAGAAAUCCCGUUUCCUAUAACAUUGGUUUUCUCUUGCAAUCAAGAGGGGAAGAAACAGAAGAGCAGAGAGGGAAAAUUUGGCUGCACCCAGGGAUCUUGCCUCCCCUUCUUAUCGCCACCCAAGGAGCUCAAGGAUGUCGUAGAUGCCCUGGGAUUACAAACAUGCAUAUCCCUGGACACCUUUUUCGUAUUCUGCAUGUGACACUUGGAGCCGGGCGAUGAGCAGAACUAAAUCUAGUUGAUUCAAGUGAACGCUAAGUAACCUUACACCCCUGGUAGUUUACACACACACUUCACACCAUCAUCUUAUUAGCCAGCUCUCUGAUGACAACCAGAAGGAAGGAUAUGUCUGCAGGGGGCUUUGCCUUUCUCUCCCAGUGUCCCUUUUACUUGGCAAGUUUUCAUAUCAGUUUGUCCCAGUGUUGUGCCCUCCGGUGGGUGUCUGAACCCCACCGGGCGGCCGGUGGGGGGCCAGCCACCGAGUGUGUGCUGUCACCACAUGUGCCACAGGCUGCCCUGAGCAGGACGCAUGCACACAGCUUGGCUCUCACUUCAUACAUCUUGGGAUGCCUGCUCCCUUGACUGCAUUUUCAUUUUCUCUUUUAAAUAAAAGUGGCUCUAUACAGCCAUAAUUAACUCUCAGAUUCACAUUGGUGUGCUGUGAUCAAAUGAAGGUUUGCCUGAAUCCUUUGAAAUUGUAACCAUGGUAAUUGAGGGGGGUGGCAUAGAAUGAAUAUAUAAAAAUAUAAUGACAAUUGUUCUGAAUGACUGAGUGUCCUCCUGACAUGUAAUUAGCUGUUUUAGCAAGAUGUAGAUUGGCAUGGUCAUAAUUAAAAGGAUUUCUGUCCUUUAUGUGAUUGAAAAUGGCAGAUCUCCCAUUCCCUGUUCCCUUUUAGCACUAAAGCUCCCUGGAACAUUUGGAACAACAACUCAGUAAACUAAAAUAAUGACAUGGUGUUUGUGUCUUCUCCGAAGUGAAAGAGAAGGAUUUGGAGUUAUUUCAGCUUCAAAAUGGAAGCCUUUGAUUAUUGCUCCCCAUCUGACGUCUAGAUUAUUUGAAACUUCUCUCUCACAUCCAGUUUCAAUCUGUUCCACCUUAAGCAGAAAGUACAGUCAGAAUCCCCAACUGACAGCCACUGACCAGGCCUCCAGGUCACUGUCCCAUUUGCUAGCCAGCCAGCAGAUUGUGUUGGCCUGACUUGGGGACAGUGACUGCUUAACAAAACCCCUUAGAAUUUUACAUUUUUUUCUUGGUCAUUUGAUAUUUUCCAUUGCCGUCACCAUCAGAAAGUGUUUAUCGAACAGGAGUUUAUACAUGAGUUAAAUAGGGUUUUCCUCAUUGGAUCAUGUGACACGAACACAUUUAAAUAAACUAAGACAUAUGGGCUUUAAACACCUAUGUGGCAUGAAUGGAAUACCGAUACCGUGUUUCCCCGAAAAUAAGACCCGGUCUUAUAUUAAUUUUUGCUCCAAAAGACGCAGUAGGGCUUAUGUUCAGGGGAUGUCAUCCUGAAAAAUCAUGCUUAUUUUCCAGUUAGGUCUUAUUUUCGGGGAAACACAGAUUUGCAAUGACCAAAAGUUACUGGGGCCAAAGGACACGCACGAGCUCCAGCCAGGUUUUCUCACUCGCUCUUAUGGCAAUACCAACUUCCUCUUGUCAGCAGCUGCUGUGACCCUGAGUUUUCCCCCCUGUCCUGCUGUGUCAGUGGGACUGUCUGCUUAGCCCUCCCAAGUCCACGUUCUCUCCCUCCCACUUUCUGCCUUUCUGUUCAGUCCACCUGUCCCAUCGGGCAACAUACGGUCUUGACAGUUCCCUGCCCGAGGCCCCCUCUUCUCACCCUGCGUCCUCACACUGGCUGGGAGCUGCUGUGUCACUACCUGGCCUUUCUCUAGAAUAUGCUUUGUUUGUAUUUUUUCCAUCAUUUACAGAAGUCUUUAUUCAGCUAUACAAUCGAUCAAGAGUAUAUCUACGUGAACAGCAGCACACAGCAUCUUGCCAAGUGGCCGGCCAUUCACAGCUGCUCCGUUUCCUGGCUGUGUUGGUGGGCCUGCCUGUGAGCACUUUCUUUGCUCAGGCCUGGACACUCCAGGAGUGGUUAGUAGCCACUACAGAGAAGACAGCUCUUUUGUUCAUAUGUUGCUGCUCAUCCUCAUACAGAUCUUUUCCCCUCUCCACAUAUCGGAAGGAGUUCUAACCCAGGUGCUAGUUCAACUUCAGUUUCAUGAAAAUGCUGAGGUGGCCGCUUCUUUAUAACUGUUCUCCUGCCCUACAGCCCCAAACAUGCACACACACACACACACAGAAUUUGAGGAAAGGUUCUGCCUUAAGUUUCUUUUAUUUUUGUUCCUCUUAAAAUACCUAGUCAAAUGUCUAGGUGGGCUAGGUCAGGAAAAAUAAUGCCAUAAAAGGUUUUUACUUAGUGCUUCUCUUCCUGUAAGAGCUGAAAGUGACUGUGAGACCCCACCCACAUGCCAGCUUUCAAGGUCCAAGUGCAGUCACCGAGGCUUUUCUGUGGGAUCCUCUGUCUUCUGACAGUUGGAAUGACUAUGGACUUACGACCCCAAAGAGUAGAGUGUCUCAUCCCUUUUCUUAUUUUCCUAGCUGCUAACAGAAAUGCCACGAGAAUCGAGAAUCUGUCUUAAGAUUAGCAACUCUGAGAACUGACUAGAUGAGUAUAAUUCUGUGAUUUCUGAGAGAUGCAUGCAUUAAAACAGCAAGCAGAACAGUCUGAUUAUCUGCUUACAUUCAAAGAAAAUAGAAUUAUCACUGUAGUUAAAACCUUCUAACACAAUCUACAGUUUUAGGGGUCAAAGUAUUAGAUGUGCUGCUUAAAGGAUGGUGCUACUUAAAAAGACUGGAGUCGGCCAGACACUUCCCAGAUGUUUAAAAAGAGGCCACUUCAGUGAUUAAAAAAAACCCUACACCAUAUAUUCCUGUACCAUCAGCAGCCCUUGCUAACAAAAAAAGGAAACCAAUUCACCAAAAUCUGAAAAUGUAGGUAGUGCUUACCCAUGAAAUACGUAUUUUUUGGAAGAAGAGGCCAGAAGUAAGUUAUUCUUACAAGAAACUGAAGAUGCCAUCAUUCUAAAUCAUACAAGAGACAUUCAGAACUCCCGGAGCACUCAAAGCUCACGACACGACAGCUGACGUGUGCUGAGCAUGCAUGUGCUGUGUGCUGUACUGAGGGUUUUACUGCCUCGCUUCUUAGAUGUGCAGACCCUACACUGAGCUGUACCACUGUAAUGGGGUCCAGUGAUCUCUCUAGUGACUCCUUUCACCUUAGUAGGAUGCUAACCGGCCCUGCUCUGAGUAAGACCACUGCAUUCACUGCCAUCAUCCUUCCCCUCGCAUGGGACCACACUGCCCUGAUGGUCUAGACACCGAGUGUCCCCUCUCCUGGGCCCUUCUCAGCGAUGGUGACAGACGCAGUGAGCCUUGGCAGCUGUAACAUGACACCUCUUGUUUCAAGUCUCCCGUCUCCGUGAGUGUGAAGGUCUUGGCUCUCUUUGGAAGGAAAUGUCCCAGCAGUCAUCUGGUCAGUGCUGAGGGCACUGGUCUUCCCCGGCACUCCCUGGGUGUGGUCCCAGGUGGCCGAGGCAGAGAAUAUGAAAACCUCUCACACGUCCUCUUUUCUGUCUCGUCAGCUCUUCUGGCACUUUCUUAGCGCAUCCUGCCUGUGCUUAGCGGUGUUUUGCUAAGCCAUUCCAACUCAUUCCGUGGUCCCUUGCCCCUUCCAUCAUUGUCACAAGCGGCCAUGGGGCCGGGCCAGUACUUGUGGAGAUGAGAGGCCCUAGAAGGAAUUCCAGUAUCCGCAUCUGCCCUGCACGAGCUGUCUCUCAGGCUCCUCGUGAGCCUCAGGUGGCCAGCAAGCAGCAGUUGCAUAGACAUCCAUCCAGAUUUUGGCUCAGCAUAAGAACUUUCUAGUAACCACAUCCAGCAGCAGGGCAAACGGCCUCGGGGUUCUUGUGGGGGUUCAGUGCCUGCUGUCAGGGACACGGGCGCCCAGCUGACCCGAGGACUUGACUAAAAUCGCAUGUUUCUCUUCCCUACAUCUCCAGCUCUUUCCUUCUCAAAAAUAAGUGGUUCUCCAAGGGCCGGUUCUGUCGUGUCCCAGGCAUCCUUGAAGCCCAAGAGAGGAGGACUGCCCCAGGAGCAAGGCCCUAGGUGGAGUGGCCACAUGAGGGGGCCCAGCAGGUCCACGGCCUGGGACUGGGGGUCCCUGUAACAGGCACCUUGUUUCAUGAGCUGGCUAAUGGGGUUUGGGGUUAUGCACUGCCCCCACCAAAAAACCUGCCCUUCAUGUGAAGGGAAGAAGAUAUCCAUGCCUCCAUUUCAGUAUUGAUCCAGAUUUGGCACCUCUGGUGACAGACAUCCUGGAAUGGAGACGUUACUCCUCCCUCUCAUCAGCCAGUGGGCCGGGCAGAGCCGGGGCACAAAACUGCCCCCGCAGCCCCACCCCCACCCCCAGUUUGUGCCCCCCGCACCCCCACCCCCACCUCCAGACAGCUCUUCUAACUUCCCAUCAUUUCCAGGUCAAGUUUCAAUCUCAGUCUCAUUUUCUGGCUUCCUUUGAGCAUAGAAACCUCUCCCUUUUUUUGCUUUACUGGAACUAGGAGCCCAGCAUAAACUUGUGAGGGUCAUCUUUCCACUUCAUCAUUCAUUGAAGCUAUUAAACUGGAAACAAAAUGACAUUAGUGCUGUAUUAAUGUAAACAGCAGCCACUCGAGUGAUAUUACAUUGAACUCUUGUUUUUAUGCCAGAUUCAUCGUGGGGGGGGCAGUACAUACAUUAGCAGAAUGGAUUGAACGAAGGUGAGAGAGCUCAGCUGUGGGCUCCUUUCAAGAGCAUUGUUAGUUGCCUUGAAAACCACAUUUCAACACACUGGAAUCAGUGGACCCCUUCAUGAUGCGUCUCUGAAAAUGGGCACAGCGAAACCAAAACCAAAGUUACGGGGGCCAGGUGCGGGGAGCCGCUCUGUUCAAGCACUGGCGACUCUGGCGAGGCUUCUCUUUCCUGCUCACUGGUUUUGCCAGAACACUCCUCUUGGAAGGGCCUCUUCUUUUCCUAGUUGUUCUCCCCCCGUAAUAGGGAGCAAGUGCAUGCAGCCUGCGCCUCGCCGCCAGUCGUCCUACCUGAGUCUAGAGCAGGCAGUCCCGACUGCCUUUCCAUUCAGACGGAAAGAGAAAGGUCUCUGCUGGGCCCAGCCCCCGUUUCUUCCGAUUGACCCAGCUGCAAGGUGGGACGCCGUCCACGCCAGAAAAUGCCCCGAACAUCACAGUUGCCUCCCUGGAAGAGCCCACAGCCUUCUCGGAUUCCCCACGGGCUCCCCUCCCUUCCACGGCCAUGGUCACUGGGGAUGCAGUACCUUCCGAGGAUAAAUUUCUAUUUAUGUUUUUUAAGUGCCUAAGCAAGUUACAGACCUCUGGAACCUGCCAGAGAGCCGGCCUGUGCCCUGCCCCCUCCCCUCCCCACCCUGCACUUAGCCCUCGGCAGAGGGCAUGGGUGGCUGCCCCUCGCCAGGGUCCCCAGCGUUCUGCGGGCAGAACAACUGCAAGGGCAGGAUCGUCAUGGCCCCGUCAGACUGGCUUUGUCCCUCUUUCCUGUGCUUCUUUUCUCGGGGUGUUUCUGUUGAUGGUGUUAAGGUCUUGGUUCAGAGAGCAUGUCAAGGAGCCUGCUUAGCAAAAUCCGUAGCUACUGAGUGAAGAAGACAGGCGAGCAAGGCAGCCUCAGAGCAGCUGCAAAGUGCGUCCAGAUCCAGGAGGCAGAGUCAACUGAUGAUAGUUAGAAACAUGAUGAUUCAUUUGCCACCAUUAGUCCCUGGAACCCUGGCCCCCUCUGCAGCUUCUCCCCCUAGAUGUGAGGGUCAGGGUGUCUGCUCAGAAGGGCCGUCAUCAGUCGGGCCGAAGUGAGAUCAGAAGUGCAUCUUUGAAACUGAGUGAGAUUAUUUGCUUGCUUCUUUUUAAAAGUAGUUUAAGUCUGACCGAAAUCCGGGGCCUUUAUUCCGUGGUGGGUAUACGACGGUGUCUGUUGUGACUGCACACUGUCGACCUCCCAGCAGUAGGCGACACUCAGAUGAUUUGUUGGUGCAUUAGAAGCUUUUGCAAAAUGGAACAAUCCAUAGCCAGGCACUUUAUUUUCAUUAAUAAUCCAGCAUUUUUGUUCAGACAAUGUAAUAACCCAAACGCUGGGCAUUGACAUUUAACACGCUGGGGCAUCUCUGCCAGAGGAAGUCUUCUGACUUGGAUGGAGAAGGGAGGCAGGUUGAGGAAAAGUGCUCCAACGGGGGAAGAUUGCCGUGGUGGUAACGAAAGUGAGGCUUUUCUGGAGCGUGCGUGUUACUCCAGUUCUCCAGACACUGUUUUCAUAGGUUCUACCAAGUGCUUGUCAAUUACCCCGGUUGUCAUUGAGAGAGAGAUGAAUGUAAGCGAGAGGGCCCAAGCUGGGGGAAACAACAGUGCGGUGCAGUUAGAGGCGAAGAGACGCCCGGUUUCUUUUCACUUGACUUGAGCUCUCUGGUGAGCGCAGAGCACUGGCGAGCGCCUGCAUUGUGGAAUGUGUGCAGCUUUGUCUACCUGCUGUCGCUCAGCAAGUUAGAGAAAGGAAAGCAAGCAUGCCGGUCGUAGUCUGAUUCGAUACCACGAUACCACGGGCCACGUGCCUGGGGCCACCUGGAAGUCUCAGCAGCCACCGAACCCUCGAGCGUCGGUGAGGGGCUGUGCGGGCGCCCUGCCGGAUGGAUGGGCGGGGGCCGAGCGCCCCUCCUGCCUUGGCCACCGUGUGUCUUAGUGUCUGUUUCCCUUUGGCGUCUCCCGGUCUCUAUCCCCAUCUUGUGCACCAUGUGUCCCUGAGGGGACUCAGUGGCACCUGUGUCUGAGUCUGCUGUAAGGUGUUCAGUCUACCUCACGGGGUCCUCAUGGUCAGCUCUGUCCCACAGCAAUCCUGACGUGGCCACACACACUGGAAUGUAGAUCUGCCCCCGGCCCUGCCUCCCCGCCAGUCACCUCCUGACCCCGUCUUUCCUAGAAUCACCACAAACUCCUAGUGCAAAUUGGAUGCUGCUUUAAAUGUGAAAACAAUUGUUCAAAAGCUAUAAAACCUGAAUGAAAGCUAAAGCUGAAUUUAUAGUAAGCCUUGUUGCAUAUGAGCCAAAAGUGCAAAAAGCUCUAUAUAAUGAACUAACCUGCCACUCGUAUAAAUAUAAAUAUAUAUAAAUAUAUUAAAAUCAGACUGUUCUACAAAAUUGUGUAUUUGUAUUUUUGUGUACGUACAAUUUUCUGCUAAGCAGAAGGAGGAUGUAGUAUAGGAUGCUGUGAGAAGAGAUUUGGUUUAAUCCUAUUUCUUUGUUACUUAUUUUUGUUAACAUCCGAUGCCUGUCUUUGUCUUAUGUGUAUGACACUGUUUGGAAAGCUGCAGUAUCUCUCUCCCUUAGGUCCAGGGUCCAUCCGAGAAUCAAAUCGGGGGUUCAGAGAGUUGUCGAGGCCACCGAACGGGGCCAUGUGGACAGAGGUCGGCCCCACACUGCCCAGGAGCCGCUGGUCCUGAGGGGAGACCGUGGGAGGACAGGGCCUCUGGAAGCAAACUCCCAUCUCUAGAAAUCAGCUUCCAAAACAACAGACAGUCGGAUCCUUCUACCGGAUACUUCUCCUGGGCCCUAGUGGGCCCCCCAGGAGGGAACGCAGGAGGAACAGGGUCUCUUACCUCUGGGCCAGAAGUUUGCCCAGAAAGCAGCAGGGGCUCUGCCUGGCUUAGUGCCAGCUCAUUGGCCGUCCCUCCUUGAGGAGAUGCUGCCUUCUUCAGAUCAGGCUCCCAAAUGCUCCCCUCUGCCCAGCUGCUGGCGCUUUACCCCCCAGACCUCCAGCCCAGUUCCCUGGAACAUCUCAGAACCCACUUUCCCGGUGCUAACACACAAGAGGAGGAGCAAGUGGCUGCCAGUAAAGGUCAGCCAGCCACCUCCCGGAGGCCAGGCCGGACGACAAGCUGUGCGCCCAGGGCUGUCGGCUGUGCUACCACGAGGGUCCCCCCCAUUGCCCACCCACCUCCCGUCCCCCUUGGUCCCUCUUGACCUGAACCUUCUCUAGGGAGAGCGAUACUGCACCUUCACCUGUGGGACUCAUAUUUAUAACAAUGUGUAAUGAAAUGACUGUAGCAAGAAGCCCUUGUUUCUAGAUGUAAAUGGUCAAAGAAACAAGCGCCCUAUUGUCUUGAUUAAAAUAGUUCCAAUGAGUCCUGUAUCAUUGUAUCUCCUAUUCUGGAUUAGUGCCUUUUGGACAGUAGACUGUUCUGUAAUUAAAAUGUAGUAUAUACUGCUUUUUUGUACAGUUUUGUUUUAAUAAAACUUUUUUUUAAUUUGUGUUUAUUUUAGUAUUGUACCUAUUAGAGAAUAAAAUGUA